CCCAAAAUCGGCUUCGAUAUUUUUGAGAGCAAGCAGUAAUGAGAUUAUUAAAUUUUGACUCUUUUGGUCAUGGUUCUCUCCCACUUCGUCCAUAUGACAUCCGUGAAUGUCCUUUAGGCAGAUGGAAGAGGGAGGUCAAGCCCAAGGAGGAGGAGCUUAAAAUUGAAAGUUCGGAUGAGCCAAAAAGCUUACCUGAGGAUGAGAAGAUGUCUGAGGCUACUACCUCCACGCCUCCUCCUCCUCUGUCAAGUACUGUGCACAAGCAAUCCCUCCGCAUGGCUGAUUUGGCGUUGGAGAACAAGAAGAAGAAGCAACCAGCACCUAAGGCAAUCCACUCUAUGGAGAGCAAAGCUAGCACCUAAUUGCAUGCUUGCGUGUUUAAAAAAUUCCUUUUCAAAAAAAUCCAAUUAAAACAGUAAAAACAACAUGUAGCAGAGAAUCAUCAUUUCAUGAAAGCAAAUCAAAAGGCAAAUAACAGUACAAAUUAAAGAUGGAAAAUUAAUAAGUUCUCGGAGUUACAAACUC